CGGAGCCCUCAGCUCCCCUCUGAGCUCGCCGGGGCGGGCGCUGUCUCUGUCAGGCUCCCAGCCUCCUGCUGAGGGCGACAGGGAGGCCGCGAUGGCCACCUCCACCCGCCUGCUGCUGCUGCUGCUGCUGCUGCUGCUCCCCAGCCAGCCCGGGGCCAGGGCUGGUGCCGAGGGGCAGGCCGUGGUGUGCGCGGGGACCGCCUGCUACUCGGCCCACCAGGACAGGCUCAGUUUCGAGGAGGCCCAGCUUCACUGCAGCAGGAACGGGGGCAACCUGGCCACGGUGAGGACCGAGGAGGAGGCCAGGCACGUCCAGCGGUUACUGGCCCAGCUCCUACAGUCCAGGGUGCCCCUGGCAACCCGGUCAGGCAAGUUCUGGAUAGGACUCGAGCGAGAAAAGGGCAAGUGCAUACAGCCCAGCCUGCCGCUGAAGGGCUUCAGCUGGGUGGGUGGCGGGGAAGACACGCUUUACUCCAACUGGCACAAGGAGGCCAAGAGCACUUGCAUCUCCAGGCGCUGCGUGUCCCUGCUGCUGGACCCGUCCCUCCCUUCCCUCUCCAGCUACCUCGCCAAGUGGUCUGAGGGCCCCUGUGGGAGCCCGGGCUCCCCUGGGAACAGCAUCGAGGGCUUUGUGUGCAAGUUCAGCUUCAAAGGCAUGUGCCGGCCCCUGUCCCUGGGGGGCCCAGGCCAGGUGAACUACAUCACUCCUUUCCAUGCCACCAGCUCCUCCCUGGAAGCUGUGCCCUACGCCUCCUUGGCCAAUGUGGCCUGUGACGAUGGGGACAAGAGGAAGCAGGACUUCUUGUGCAGAGAAAAGGCCGCCGAUGUGUUCGACUGGGGCAUCACAGGGCCCCUCUGCGUCAGCCCUGAGUACGGAUGCAGCUUCAAUAACGGGGGCUGCCAGCAGGACUGCUUCGAGGGGGGAGAUGGCUCCUUCCGCUGCGGCUGCCGCCCGGGGUUCCGGCUGCUGGAUGACCUGGUGACCUGUGCCUCCCGGGACCCUUGCAGCUCCAGCCCGUGCAGGGGGAUGGCCACGUGCAUUCCCGGGCCCCUGGGGAAAAACUACACGUGCCACUGUCCCCAGGGCUUCCAGCUGGACUCGACUCAGCGGGACUGCAUAGACGUGGACGAGUGCCAGGACUCCCCCUGUGCCCAGGAGUGUGUCAACACCCCCGGGGGCUUCCACUGCCAGUGCUGGGUGGGCUACGAGCCUGGCAGCCCUGGAGAGGGGGCCUGUCAGGAUGUGGACGAGUGUGCCCCCGGCCGCUCGCCCUGCGCCCAGGGCUGCGCCAACACAGAAGGCUCCUUCCACUGCUCCUGCGAGGACGGCUACGCCGUGGCCGGGAAGGACGGCACCCAGUGCGAGGAUGUGGACGAGUGUGCGGGCCCUGAGGGUAGCCCCUGUGACAGCUUGUGCUUCAACAUGCCAGGGUCCUUCCGCUGCGGCUGCUUGCCAGGCAGGGAGCUGGCCCCGAACGGGGUCUCCUGUACCAUGGGCCCCAUGUCCAGGACACCAGUUGCUGAGAGUCCCCAGGGGGAGAACACAGGAGACCGAGAGGGGAGCCUGGUGCCUUCUGCCACAACCUCAAGUCCGACUGGAGGCCCUGAGGGCACCUCCCAGGUGGCACCCACCAAGAGGAGACUCUUCCUUCCAUCCAAUGCCUCUACCACCCCUACGCCACCCCAGGCUCUGGCCAGCAGCGGGUCCCCUGGAAUCUGGAUGAAGCCUGGCACCCAUCACCCCACGGCCACCACGGGCCAUGAGGAGUCUACGGGCGGGGAUUUCGUGGUCCAACAAAGGAAUGAGGGCACCGACGGGCAAAAGCUACUCCUGUUCUACAUCCUGGGCACCGUGGUGGCUAUCUUGCUCUUGCUGGCUCUGGCCCUGGGGCUGCUGGUCUACCGCAAGCGGCGAGCCAAGAGGGAGAAGAAAAAGCCCCAGCGUGCAGCAGACAGCUACUCCUGGGCUCCGGAGAGGGCUGAAAGCAGGGCCGUGGACAACCAGUACAGUCCAACACCUGGGACAGACUGCUGAAGGUGAGGUGGCCCCAGAGACACUGUCAGUCAGCCGCCGCCAUCCUCAGAGCUCACAUCCUCUGUCAGAAGGCGGGACCCACAUCCUCCUGAAAGGCCGGACUGGAAUCUUAGCAAACGGUUGUAAACUUUCUCCUUAAAAGCCUGGCAACUGGGAAUGCGCAGGUGUAUCCUAAACACGUGUGACAUUCCCAAGUGGAAGCGACGGGCUGUGGCGUCAUUGUGGGAAUUUUGUGAAUAUUAACUAUUGUCACUCGUUCCCCCUUGUCCAAUUCAAAUAUGACCGAUUUCACCUUUCUGCACUGAUGCUGGGUUCGGAGUCAGGUGCUCAUGGGCUUCCUCUGAACGGCUUCUCUGCUCCCUGGAGUCAACUAAGAAGAAAAGGGGUGUGAUUGUGCUAAUUUGUAUAAUGGAGACUAAGUCGAUUAUUAUUUAAUUACAUAAGAAGUUUUGUUUUGAUUUUUGCCAGAGGGAACAUAUUUAGGACUGAGUGUCUUUGCAUGUACAUCCGCGCACUUUCCCAUCGCAAGUCCUGCCGACCUUCGUGUUGUCAAAAUCCUCCACCGUGACCAGAAAUCCACCUACGGUCUCGUUAGCAAGGAGGGGGGCGUUUAGAACUCGCAUGUCUCUGUCUUAAGUUUCUGAUAGUCUUGGGUUUAUUUGCUAGUGAAACCUGAGAAAUGUGGCAGAAGUUGUACGAAGUGAGUUAAAAUGGUUUUGAAAAGAAAUAAUCCAAAGUGCUGGAGAGGCCAGGGGUUUGCUCCACAAGCACUUGGAUCUAAAUUCAUCUAAAUGUUCUGAUGUCAGCGCAGACUCAACUGUUGAUGAGUCGAACACCAGUAAGGAAAACGCCAAGGACUACUUGUCUCUAAGCCUGCCCGUCCCCAAGACACCCACCCGCCCUGUCCCGGCUCCCUGCCUUCACCUGGGGCAGCUCUGGGUUUCCGUGCUCUGACCACACGUAGGCGGAGGAAUUGCGGGGAGUCUCCCCCUGAUUGCUCCUAAAGCACGUGGGGGCGAGAGGACUCCCUGAGCUCAGAGCCGUCGGCCUAAAGCCCUUAGCACAGUUCACAGCCCUCAGUCCGCGCUGCAUCCUGACAACUUGAUUCUGACUCGUGGCUGUAGCUCUCAGAAAAGCCAGAGACCAGUCACGCACGGUGACUGUCCCAGUGCCGCUUUGGGAACUUGUGUCUUCUUUCUCUCUUUUCCUUGAAAAGGGGGGGCAGGCGGGAGGGAGGGAAGAGAGAAAGAGAGAGCAACUAAGAUCUUUGGCAACUACAAGCACUACUCAAAGCAACUUGAAUCGAUGCCCUCACUUUUAAGGGCUCACUUGCAGAGGUGUCCCCUUAUGAGGUGGUCAGUGAUGGGCGGUUCUGCCUGUGUAGGCAGGAAGCAGCUGGAAUGGUCCAAACUGCCUGAGGAGCCAGCCCGAGAGGCCUGCAGGGGCCUGGGGACUUUCCGCUGCCGCCUUGCAGAAGUACAGAGGGAAUGUGUUUCCUUCCAGAUUCUAAACUCUGCCUCUCAGAUGGAGGACACCCUGUUGUUUCUGGUUUUGCCUUAGAAAUGCAGCUGUCCCAGAGUUUACCAUGCUGAGCGGGAGUAGUGUCAGGUGCACGGCUGCCUUCAGAGUCAAGGAAGUUUGUUUUGUUUUGUUUUUGCCAAUUUUGAAAUGCAGAUGCUACCGUUUACUAUUUUUUAAAGACAAUGAAAACUGCAGGGUGUGUGACAGAGAGAAUGAAGGCUCUGGGAGGCCUCGCAGGGGCUUGGAAGUCCUGCUUUUUAAAGUCGGUUUUCACCUGGAACGAGUGGUGUUUAACACUCAAGGAGACAAAAGCUGUGCCCGCUGACCACAGGACCCUUGGUGGCCUCUUGUAUGGGAACCAGCUGUUUUGCCAUUCAGAUGAUUUCAAAGACUUGGCCAGAUGUGUUGCUGACCAGUAUGUGCACUUACAUGAAAUAAAUGCAAAUUCAACAGCUUUCCCCCUAGGUUUUUACAGUUUUUCUUUUUGUUUGGGGUGAAGGAGAAGUUCCUACUUUGGGCUCUGCCCUGUCAUUGCACAGCGUUCGAUGCUCCUACAGGCCCCACGAGGGGCUACAUGGGUUGGUGAAGAGCAGUUUCUCAGGAUCUGCUCUGGCAGAGUUGGCCCCCCGAAGGCCAGUGAGGUCUCCUGCUCUCACGCCACUGUCCACCAUCCUUAACCUGGAUGACCUCAGGCGGAGAAUCUGAUGAAACUACUGGCCUCAAACAGACGCCUUGUUCCCCCAUUACCCCGCUGUAAUUCCGUCUGAGGUAUUCAGUCGAAUGCUUGUGCAUAAACCAGUGUCUGUGGGCUGUGUGGCCAUUGGCUAACUUCCAACUUAUUCACAGGGGCCCCAGGUGGCUCCAUCGUGACCCAAGCAGAGAGAUGGACAGGACUGAGCAUGGGGAGAGGUGGCUCUGCCAUGUGCAGACCCGUCCAGCAGUGGCUCUGGGCAGGGACAGACCAGGUGCUGUUCUGUUUCUGACCUGCUGAGCCGCAGAACAGGUGAGACAAUGGGGAGAGGGAGAAGGGUCUACUUGGCAGCAGGCUCAAAGGCGAUGGAGACUUUUGUCCAAAUAGUAUUUCCCAUAGUUCAGUCAUUCUAGGAAACUCUUAGAACACCUGUAUUUGGGAUGAACACACUUCCCCUACCCUUCACCUCCCAGGGCAGAUCAUUUAAAGGGGGGAGGACACCUUUAAACAUGCAGCUCACCAAGCCCAUUUCUUACUUUUAGGGACAAUCAUUGCUCUUUUUCCUUCUUUGCUAUUCAUAGAAGCCUGAUGCAGGACAAGUCCCCCUAAAGCAUCUGAGACCUAGAGAAAACCAAGGGGGGGGGGGCAACUAUCCAGAGAUGCCUAAGGAGUGGUGGACUUGGCGAGGAUCCUCUCUAGGAUGACCUGCCCCUGCUCAGCAGUGUGGCCUCGAGGCACAAGCAGCUGUUGAGGCAGCUCGGUCAUCUUAGUGCCGACAAUGUGAUGCCACCCAGCCACAUGGCAUCUUCCCAGCACCAUUAAGUGGGUGGAUUAAGUGGUUUCUGAGUUGAGGACAGGAGGACUCUGGAGUGCAGUCACUGUCAGGCUUGGCAAGGCCAUCUCUAGCCCUAAGUGUUAUUCAGUGGUAGCCUGGCAACCCUUGGCAAAGGCUCCUCCUCACAUCGCUCCAUGAUCCGGCGAACAGGCGGGAUAAAAGGUUGAACAUGUAAUAUGUGCCCAUGUACAUCAUGAAGGAAGAACUGGGUAGAGACGGAACCUCUUUUCUCUUAAACACACGAGUGGGCGUUGCUGUCUCUUUUACAUUCUAAUCAAGGGCACUGGUCCAGCGUGUUGUGAUGGGACCCGGACUCUUAGCACGGAGUGACCUUUGAAGAAAAUGGAUUUCAUCAUUAGUUUCUUUUAUUCCAACUUUCUUUUCCAUAACUAUUUUUGUGAAAACUAAGAAAAGAGAGAUGAGAUCUGACAAAAGUACUAACUUUAAACGAAUGCAGUUUUUUUAAAGCCUUUUUGUGUUAUUUCUCCCCCAAAUCUCUCCAUUGUCUAGAACAGGAAAACAGGAAAGCAUUGCUUUCUAGCAGCUGCAAAUCCUGUAAUGGCUAAUGGCUCUACAUAUUUCCAUCACCCUAAACAAUAGGGUCAGUGUGGGAAUCUGAGAUACGAGCCCUGUGAACAGCUGUUCCUAUCUGGCUGCGAAACCCACAGCUUCAAUCUGUGUGGUUUGUGGAGUCAACCAAAAAAAAAAAAGAAAAGACAAAAUGCUCAAAGUUCCCCCCUUACCCAACAAUCAAGUACUUAUUCCAUCCCAGAUUUCAGGAACUAAUUACUAACUGAAGUGCUGUUUUAAAAAAAUGACUUGUGUUUUGGUCUGUUCUUAAAGUGAAUGCCCAUGUAUUUUAGGAAGCAACUCUAGAAUUCCUUUCUCGAAUAGCUCCUUCUACCUGCAAUGUGGCAAGUGCUUUCUUCCCGCAGGUUUUGCCCUCUGCUCCCCUGGGCUGAAGCUCUUUUUGCAUAUUUGGCUUAAGCUUGAACUAGGUUGCAUGCAAGGCCUUGUUCUGCUGUAUUAGGUGUGAUUAUAAAUGUCUAAUCACUUCAUGAAUGCUGAACGGGAAUGUAAGUAUUUUUAAAUGUGUAUUUAAAACUUGUUCCACGAAUUCUGGAAUCAUGGGAUUUCGAGGUGGGGUUUAUUUUCAUCUCAGGCACCAGUGCUUUGCGGGUUGGGGGGAGGGCACGCUUGAGCACGGCACUGGUCCUUAGAACUCCGAGAACCUUCCAGAACCUUCGUGGCAUCUUGGCUCAGCCUCAAGAAGUGGCAGGCUUGCGGUCUUGUGCACUUUGUAUUACACAUCCAAUCUAAUAAACUCUGAAAUGCA